AUGGCCAUUCCCGUCGUCGUCUACACCAACAUGGCCCUUGCCGGCAACAACCUCACCAACUCUCUCCAGCCGGAGUACGAGGUCAUCAAGGUCGUCCUCGACAAGGCCGAGGCCGUGGCCGACCUGCCCGCCCUGUUUUCGUCCGGUGCCGCCAAGGCUCUCGUCGUUGCUGGUCUCUUGGCCGGCGAAGACGCCGACGCCGACGAGGUCGAGGCGGCCGUCACGGCUGCCCAGCCGGGUGUCCGUGUGGCCCGACUGUCGCGUGCCGACCUCGAAGGCGCCGGCAUCCAGCUGCUCCCGCCCGGCGCGUCCACCGAGAAAGGCUUUGUGCCGGAGGGGGCCCCGCGUCCCGAUCCGGCCAUCUUCCCGCGGCUGUUCAAGGCGAAGCUGGUAGGGAUCUGA